UAUCCAUUUUCAAUAAAAGUGUCAUUUCAGAAAACAACAAAGACUAUCACUUUCCGUUUUCCAUAUUGAAUAAAUGUGUCGUCGUUUUCCAGUUUUCCAAUAAAAUUGUGGUUUCCGAUACCUUUUCCCCUUACCUACUCCAUCUUCGUCUCCAACAAACUCCCAGAUAACCCUAAACACGAAUGUGUUUCUAUAUUUGCUAUUUUGUUUUUUUUUUAACAAAUAUCUCACAAUUUGACUUUUGAUCUCGACUGGACUGAAGGAAGGAAGACAAUGUGGUUUGCUGAUCUGAAAUUAAAACUGAAAAAGGUACUUUGUAUCUACAUGAAUCAGUAUCGUUUACGAAACAUUCUCUCUCACUCACUCACUCAACCAAAUCUGACGGAAUUUAAAGGUUAGAAUGAGUGAUCAAGAAGACACUCACACAGUGAUCAUCUAUACAAAAAUAAAAGUCCAUAUUUUUAUCCAUAAACCUAAUGGCAUGUUCGUAAUUGAACCAAACAAUUUCAGUUAAAUUCAACCCAACCGACCACAAGGCUCAUUAUGAAAAUACUUUAUAUCUGCUUGCCUAUCUCUCAACUCUCUUCAAACUUCAAACCUUUUCCGGACAAACCAAAUAUGGGCGGCCACAAUCAUGACCUUUCUCCAACUUCCGCCCUCAAUUUUCCCUUAAUUCAAUCCGUCCACAAGCACAAAACAAACAAAUUUUCUUUUGUAUGUGCAACCAUCGCUUCCAUGUCUUCCGUCUUGCUCGGUUAUGGUCAGAAAUUUUGCUUCCCUUCCUUUCACUUCUUCAUCUCUGUUCUUCAUUCCCAUCAUCUUUCCAACUUUUUUUUUUUUUUUUCUAUUCAAACAGAUAUAGGUGUAAUGAGUGGUGCCGCAAUUUACAUUCAAGAGGAUUUCAAGAUUUCUGAUGUGAAAGUGGAAAUUCUGGUCGGAAUCAUCAGUCUUUACGCAACUAUUGGCGCUGCCGCCGCCGGAAGAACCUCCGAUUUGUUCGGCCGCCGCUAUACCAUGGCUCUCUCUGCCGGAUUCUUUUUCUUCGGAGCCAUUCUCAUGGGGUUUGCCCCUAACUACGGCCUCCUAAUGGCCGGAAGAUUCGUCGCCGGAAUCGGUGUCGGGUACUCUUCGUUGAUUGCCUCUGUUUACACCACCGAGGUUUCUCCGGCAUCUUUUCGCGGCUGUCUUUCCUCUUUUCCUGAGGUGUUUCUUAACUUCGGUAUCUUGCUCGGAUACAUUUCGAAUUACGCUUUCUCCAAGCUUCCAAUUCAAUUAGGAUGGAGAUUUAUGCUCGGAAUCGGAUUAGUCCCAUCGGUGUUCUUGGCCGCCCUUGUGAUUCUGGUAAUGCCGGAAUCCCCACGAUGGCUUGUAAUGCAAGGCCGUCUUGGCGAAGCCAAGCAAGUCCUCAUCAGAACCUCGGAUACAAUUGAAGAAUCUCUUCAACGCCUUGACGACAUCAAAACCGCUGUCGGAAUUUCAGCGAGUUGCGAAGAGGACGUCGUUGAAAUCCGAAAACAGACCGGGAGCGGCGUGUGGAAAGAGUUCCUUCACCCAACGCCGGCCGUUCGCCACAUCUUGAUAGCCGCCGUGGGUGUGCAUUUCUUCCAGGAAGCCUCCGGCACGAAUGCCGCCGUUUUAUACAGCCCAAGAAUCUUCGAGAAGGCCGGAAUCUCAUCAUCUGACCAGAAGCUACUGGCGACGGUGGCCGUGGGCGUGGUAAAAACGGCGUUUAUCUUGGUGGCCACCAUCCUAUUCGAUCGUGUGGGACGGCGGCCGUUGAUUUUGAUGAGCCUGGGCGGAAUGAUCGUAUCUUUGAUAACAUUAGGGGUUGGGUUGACGAUUAUAGAGCGGUCGCAGGAGGAAGGGACGUGGGUGGUGGGGUUGUGUGUUUCGAUGGUGUUAAUGGACGUGGCGUUUUUCUCAAUGGGGAUUGGGCCAAUGAGCUAUGUGAGCUCGGAGUUAUUUCCGUUAAAGUUACGCGCUCAAGGGAUGAGUCUGGGGAUGGUUGUGAAUAACGUGACCGGUGGAAUUGUUUCAAUGACGUUUUUGUCCCUAUACCGUGCGAUUACAAUAGGCGGCGCGUUUUUUGUAUACGCUGCCAUUGCGAUGGUUGGUUGGGUCUUCUUUUAUGUGGUUUUCCCGGAGACACGUGGACAUAAUUUGGAGGACGUUGAGAGGCUUUUUGGUAAUUUGCUAUGGAAAUUCUCCCAUACUUUGGAUGCCGAAGAAAGCAGUGAAAAUGCUUAGAAAUUAAGGGCUCUUUCUCUUUUUUAAUGCUUCUGAAAUUAGGACUUAGGAGGGUUUUAAUUCAACAAUCCAAAGCAUCAUUCUCGACUAUAAAAACAUUUUUCUUUCCAAUUUAAAAACAACACUACACGUUAACACAUUCAGAAACUCAAAGCUUGUCAUUUCAUUUCAAAAUACAAAUAUCAGAACCAUUCAAAUUUUCAAAUUUAA